AUGGCCGACCAACAACAACCUCCCGUGCAGCCGCAGCAGGAGCCUGACGCGAACAACCCAGAACUGGACGUGCCGAUCGAGCAGGAAGAUAUCGAUAUGAAUAACGGCGAGAAUACGGCUGGUGCUGGUGCGAAUGGGGAAGGACUGGGGAAUCCGUUGCAGGAGGCUGUUCCUACGUCGGUCGAUGCGCUUGCUGCGGCUGCAGCGCCGUCGAAGAAAGAGACUAGUCUAAGGGAGUUUUUGGGGAAGAUGGAUGAGUAUGCGCCUAUUAUCCCCGACGCCGUAACAGCCCACUACCUUACCCUCGCCGGCCUCCCACCCCCGGGCCACGGAUCCAACCAAACACCACCACACCUCGCGCGCCUCCUCUCCCUCGCCGCCCAGAAAUUCAUCGCCGACAUCGCCGCAGACUCCUACCAAUACGCCCGCAUUCGCGCCUCCAACAGCUCCUCCGCGAGCAACCCCAUGGGCAGUCUCAACGCAGCCUCGGGCUUGGUCCCUGGGGCUGCGGGAGCCGGUGCUGCGGGCGGCGGUGCUGGUGUGUCGGCGGAGUCGGGGAAGGGGAAGGCUGGGACGCAUUUGGGGAUUCAGAGGCCUGGUUUUGGGGGUGGUGGGAGUGGGGGGUCUGGGCAGGGACGGACGGUGCUUACGAUGGAGGAUUUGGGGAUGGCGGUUGGGGAGUAUGGGGUUAGUGUUAAGAGGGGGGAGUUUUAUCGGUAG